CAGGGAAGUAUUUCAAGAUAAUGACAACGGUGACAAUGUAGCAUUGUCCACCAACAUUAUUUCUUCUCCAACAUCCGCAUGUAACAGAGGUAUUGUCCUGCUUUCCACAGCUAUGGCGAGAGUUGCCGACGUCGAUGGGAACCUGCACUCUGCUAGACUUCUCCUAGACAACGGGAGCACCUCCAACUUCAUCACCCAAGACCUCUGUGGCAAGCUGGGCUUGGUAAGACGCAGCACCAGCUCCACCGUCUCAGUCAGAGCCGUCCACCUGGAGCUGGUGUCCGACCUCACUAAGGAGGGAUUCCUCGCAGCCUUUUCCCGUUUCACGGCUCGUCGUGGCAAAUCUCGACGCGUCUACUGCGACAACGGCACCAACUUCGUCGGAGCGUUCAACGAGCUCACACGUCUUCUUGAAAGUUCCUCCAAAGAUAUAGAGCAACGCACAAAAUGGCAGACAGAUGGACAAGACUUGAAGACCGGCACCAUGGUCUUGAUCAAGGACGUGAACCAACCCCCGCUACUCUGGCUGCUGGGAAGAGUGACCGACGUCAAGCCGGGUCCUGAUGGCCGCAGCCGAGUCGCGGAGAUCCUGACAAAGAAGGGGACCAUCACAAGGGCAUACAACAACAUAUGCCCCCUUCCUGUUUCAACUUCUUGA